CUUUUAUUGGAUAAGCAGCGUUUUCCAGCGAGCUCCCGAGCAGUGCCCCGUAUAUGUGGAUCCGUACCCCGAAUAGUCUCUCGAGUGUGGUCUAACGGAGGAGGAGGACCUUGUGAUUUGAUUUUUUUGUUGGUACGGUGUGUGAUUGACAAAUUUGUUUUGGGGAAGUUUAUAAUCCGAUUUGGCGUGACUUGGUGGUGUGACUUAUUGAAGAAGUCCGGUUUGGAAGUGCACUUUUGAGCGCAGGAAAAAGUGAAGCAACACACGGAACGGAAAGCUUUGUGCGAAGUUAUUCGGUGCGAUAUUAUCCGGGCUCAGAGAUUUGGGUGUGAGACCCGAAGGAAGGUGUGCCCUCAGGGGGGCUAAGUUGAGGAUUUGAUCUACGGUGAUCUACAGUGAAGGGUGGUGAAAUUGUUGUUGGCUCGAUCGCAAUCGAAAGUGAAUGUAGCUCUACGAGACCAGACCAGUCGAGUAGUCUCAGUGUCGACCUUUUACUGCUGAUAGCGCGAUCACACAGUUGUUGCAUGCUCCCGACAGUUUCGUAAUAACAGGCAAGUGAAUGGAACAGUGACAGUGGUUACGAAAGGGAUUGCAGAACCGAACUCCGACAAGGAUAUCGAUUACAGCGUUCGCCGAAGCAAUUGAAGCUGAGUUUCUGCUGAAGGAAUCGCGAAUAAGCUGGUGGAAUCCAGAGCAAAACUCGAAUACAAAUCAAUCACCGCUGGAACCUGCUGCGUGUGAUUGGAAUUUCAAGUGCCAUCCACCCACCAGCCGAUCGCAACAUUCUCGAAAGAAUAGAAUAAAAAUCCACCGCAUCCGGCGGCGGCGCACAUCCGGCCCUUCCGAUGGGUCCACGCCAGAACCCGCUUCAGUGAAUUCCUCAAGCGUGCUUCAUGUCAGCCCUUGGGGCCACGUGCCUUCGAUAAUAUCGCGCGAAACAGUUAGACAGCGGUUCCAGGAAAAGCGUAAACAAAGUCAUAAGUGUGUUUCUCCAUUUCCCAAUUCAGUGAUUGACUAAGAAAAACUGUUUAUCCAAUAGAAAGAAGUGCGACUCAGAUUUUGGAGGAGAGAAGAGUGUGCGUGUGUAGGGGGUACAGAGGAAGGAGCUCUCGCAUAAGACGAGGAGCAGCCUAGGCCAUAGGCAAGCGGCAAAAUUACUCCGAGCAGCAAUUAGAAAGACGCAACAAUGUUUCCGCUUCAACGAGGAGCGGCAACAUGGUUAUUUCUCGGGCUAACGACGACACUGGUACUGCUGGCCGCUAGGCCGGCCUCAGCCGCAGAGAACAACCAACGGGUGGUAUGCUACUACACGAACUGGUCGGUCUACCGACCCGGAACGGCCAAAUUCAACCCGCAGAACAUCAACCCGUACCUGUGCACCCAUCUGAUCUACUCCUUCGGCGGUUUCACCAAGGAAAAUGCCCUCAAGCCGUACGACAAGUACCAGGACAUCGAGCAGGGCGGCUUCGCCAAGUUCACCGGACUGAAGACGUACAACAAAAACCUGAAGACGAUGCUGGCCAUCGGCGGUUGGAACGAGGGUUCGUCGCGGUUCUCCCCCCUGGUAGCCGAUGCCGAGCGCCGGUCGCAGUUCGUGAAGAAUUCGAUCAAAUUCCUACGACAGAAUCACUUUGACGGACUGGAUCUGGACUGGGAGUACCCGGCGUUCCGCGAUGGAUCGAAACCGAAGGAUCGGGAACACUACGCCCUGCUGGUGCAGGAACUGCGCGAAGAGUUCGAGCGGGAAUCGAGCAAAACGGGUCGACCAAGGUUGCUGCUGACGAUGGCCGUGCCAGCCGGUAUCGAGUACAUUGAGAAGGGCUACGAUGUGGCCAAGUUGAACAAGUACCUGGAUUGGUUCAAUCUGUUGACCUACGAUUACCACAGUGCGUACGAACCGGCCGUCAACCACCACUCGCCGCUGUACUCGCUGGAGGAACCAUCGGAGUACAACUUCGAUUCCGAAUUAAACAUUGACUACAGCAUCAAGUUCUACCUGAACGCUGGUGCAGAUCGCGACAAGCUUGUGCUGGGAAUUCCAACUUAUGGACGCUCGUACACGCUCUACAACCCGGACGCUACUGAGAUCGGAUCGCCUGCCGAUGGACCUGGAGAACAGGGCGACGCCACCCGUGAGAAAGGCUACCUGGCGUACUACGAAAUUUGUACUGCCGUGAGGGAUGAUCCAGAGUGGACGGUAGUGCAGCCAAACCCGAAUGCCAUGGGACCGUACGCGUACAAGGGUAACCAGUGGGUCGGAUACGACGAUGAAGCCAUUGCCCGCAAGAAGGCCAAAUACGUGGCGGAGAAUGGGCUGGGAGGUAUCAUGUUCUGGUCCAUCGAUAACGACGACUUCCGCGGAACUUGUCACGGAAAGCCAUACCCGAUCAUUGAAGCCGCCAAGGAGACGCUGCUCGCCAGCACAGACAUCGGUGUCAAUGACAUUGCCGCCCCCAGUCGUCCGAGGAAGCCAUCGAGAUCGCGUAGUCGGUCGGGAACAUCGAGCCGGAACCGUUUGACCACCGAUAACAAUAAUGAGAUUAAAUCGUCGUUCAAGAGCACCCAGAGCAGGAAGAAUAGUCGACCGGUGGCGCGAGCUACGACGACUACCACGACUUCUACGACGGAAGGUUCGCUGUACAUCGGAGGACGUACGACCACUCCACAGCCACCGACUACUCCAGAUCCAGGAGCAGACUUCAAGUGUACCGAUGAGGGAUUCUUCCCGCAUCCACGUGACUGCAAGAAGUAUUUCUGGUGUUUGGACGCGCCUAGCCUUGGUUUAGUGGCUCAUCAGUUCACAUGUCCGUCCGGACUGGUGUUCAACAAGCUGGCUGAUUCCUGUGAUUAUGCUCGCAACGUCGUUUGCGCUAAGACCGCACCUUCAACCACCACGACAACGACCACAACUUCCACAACCACCACAACGACUCCAGCGCCACGGAACCGUGUUACCGCUGCAACAACCCGAAACAACUUCUACAACCGAGCACAGACUACAACCACCACUACGGAACCGCCGAUUGAGUUCGAGUACUCCGAUGAAGAAGAUGACGAAGUUCAGCCGGAGGAAGAUCCAAAGGUGAUCAAGGAGUUGAUCGCGCUGAUCAAGAGGGUCGGUGGCAUUGAAGAGUUGGAGCGUCAACUGCAAGCCCAGGAAGACGGUUCGAUUGUGCUGAAGGAUGAAAAGACGGACCAGAUCUCGACGACUCAGUCUACGAUCAGCAAGAGUUUGUACGAACGAGUGCUCAGCAGAGCCGGUAACGGGCUACAGAAGUUCCGACCAGCGUUGACGUUUACGCAAACGGACAAGAGUGGUUCGACGGAAAAUAAAUACUCGUCGGUUGUGAGGAAUUCGAACAGCCGGGGAGCUCCGCAGAACGAUGGAAUCGAGAAGCUGCCAGAGUUCGAAGGAGUAUUCAAGGAGCGGCCCAAGUAUGUGACCCUGAACCGAGCACGGCCAACCAAGGCUAGCGUGGAAGAGGAUGUGGAUGAUCGAUACGACGAAGAACCGUUCGAGGAGGAGGAAAACCAGCCGUCCACUUUCGCCACCAAGAGACCGACGUCCAGCCCGAAGUAUGUUAGCAUCCGGAGACAGCGACCGACAACGGCGGCCGACGCCGAGGUCGAAGAAGAAGAGGAAGAUGAGAAUGUGGCUGCACCGGUCCCACAGCAGCAGCAGUACAGUAGUGUGAAUCGCAAUCGUUUUCGCCAAACCACGACGGAGGAACCUGCGGAUGAAGUGGAACGAGUGCCGAGCCGGUACAACACGAUCGAACGUCGUCGAGCUACCGGGCAGUACAACCGUCUGCAGGAAGGCGACAAAGAUGAUGUAGGCACUGAUUCGUCUCUAUUGGUACCAUCAACCGAUUACGAAACCAUUUACACUACAUCGUCUACUACCGAUGCACCAGAACAGUUUAUCACGUACAGUACACGACAGUAUGCCAGCGUAGACCGUAGCGGUACGACCGAGGCUACGCCACAGACUGGCGGCCCUAGUGCUACGGAUCUUACGCAGCCCAUUCCAACAACCACCACCACUACAACAGCAAACGAAAACAAUGUACAAUACUUCAACACAGACUUACAGACGGAUCCUCCCGAGCGGGACAGUCCAGUUGAAACCGUUUCCGAUCUAGAUUUAAGUAGAACGGCAGACUCGGACAGCCUGACGACGGACGACGCGGUGACCGUAGAUUAUAGCAAGAACGAACCGACCUACGAGGUAACCACUUUACUAAACCUAGGUGAGAUUGUUACUGGUAGUAGUGUUAGUGAGUUAGAUACGAGUGAUUUUAGUAGUAGUGUUGGUACUAGUGGUGAUAGCGUUAAUCCUAGGAUUCAGGAAGGGGAGGAUCAGCUUAGGUUGCAGACGACUUCGCAGCCUGCAGCGACGACCUAUGGUAAUGAGGUUCCAACCACCACCGUUAGCCCCACAGCAACAGCAACCGUUAGCUCCACUAGCGAGAAAUUGGUCGGUACUAACGAAGAACAGUCUAACUCGAUUUAUAAAUUCCCAUCAAGAACUAGGAAAACCACCACAACCACCACCACCACCACCUCUAGUCCCCUAGAAGUUGUCACUAAUAAACAAGAGUUCGAAUUAACCCAAACGCAGGCUGCCCCGCGUCCGUUCGGAGGGGCAGUUCGGCGUACGCGGCCAACGCGCCGCCCUUCGACCACUGCAACUACGACAACUUCAGCUCCCGAAGAGUUCACUACGCUCCGUUCGGUUAAGGUGAGUUAUGCCAAUAGCCCGAGAUUUGAUCUUUCAGGUAGACGUAGAACUAGUGUUGCCGCUUCGACAACUGUCGCAGCGAAUCCUAGCAGCAACGAGGUAGGUAGUGCUAGCGAUUCCCUGGUCAGCGAACCGAGUCCACGCCCGACCCGUACCCGAGGCUUCCGGGGCCGCGUACGGUUCGGAUCUUCUACUGAAUCAAGUUCCACUUCGACUGAAUCGGCUGCUGUUGCCAGUGAACCAACCCGCCGCCGGCAACAGCCGUCGGAUUCUUUUGCCCGUAAUCGUUUCUCUUUGAAUCGGCCUUCUAGCCGUGCACCGGAAGAAGCGCCCAGUACUACUACCGAACGACUAACCACCGAGGAGCAGCCAGUUGAGCAAUCAACUGCCAGGGCUUCGCUCAGGAGGUUGAAUUUCAAUCAAUACAGCGGUAGAUUGAGUACCGAACCGACCACGACCACCACGGUCGAACCGGAAAUCGAAACGGACUCGCCAGUUAUCAACUUGCAACUCAAAUCGCACGCCGGGAUUGAUGAAGAUCUGUUCAAAACUCAGGAACGUAUUCUGCUAACUCUGGGAACGGCCUUGCAGUACGGAUUCAGCAAUCGAAAUGAACUGAAUGGUCGACGGAUUCAGGAUAGCGAACCUAAAGUAGUCAAAGGUACUGUCGAUGAUUCGCCGAUUACGAAUGUGAAUGUGAUUCGCGAACGGUCUACAGAGAAGCCUCGUUCUCAAGAUACCAUUGAUAACCGUCUUGCCGAAGAUAUCAAUGAAAUGGCCACCGAGCCUGCUGCCGUGUCAUCUACGGAUCGUUCUUCCCCAGCGGUUGACAGUACGGCAAGCGACACCGAACGACCGAACGACUACACAACGGUGUACAGCGUCAACACUGCCGAAGUGGAAACUACAACUCCUGGACAACGCAAGUUCUUCGGCAACCUCCGUGGACGAACUUCAACGACAACACAGACAACGGAAUCACCGGAAACCACGCUGAAGGUUGUUUUGUCAGAAGUAAAUACCAACAAGACAUUCAUCCCUGGAAAACUACGACCGACACGCCCGAGUCGAUUCCGAACUUCAACGCUUGCUACCUCAUCGGAAUCUGUUAAUGAAGCUUCCACUUUGAGAUCCAAGUUCCCGCCGAGAAAGUCCUUCACAACUCCGAGUACAAAUGCCCUUGCGAACGAAGCAGCCGAUAAGCCAUCGCGCAGACCAUCAGCCUUCAUUCGACGACAAAGACCAACACCGGCAAGCGCAACUUCAACACCUGCAACGUCCGAAACUUCUUCCGAAACAUCUCCCGAUACCGAAAACACGGAAAUAACUGAGAGAACUCCUGGUAUCUCCACCACAGUUGGUAGACGUCGAUUGGGUCGUCGAAAGCUCACGACUGCGGCUAGUACGUCUGAAAAACCUGAAGAACUAGUCCACCGAGAACGUCCGGCUGGAUUUACCAGACGACAGCGACUUCCAUUCGGCCGUUCCACAACACCCAGCAGUACUGCUGCAACAUCCAGCACGGCUCAGCGUGCGACCAGAACGACAACAUCUGAACCAUUCACAGCCGAGCCCACCUACCCGGAUAGUGCCGUUGAAAACUCUGACUUCACCACCGUCAUCUCUGACGUAUCCAACGAGAUCGAAUCCACCUUCAUCACCAAUGAAGUGCUCUCAAGUGACAACUUCCUCCGACAGCGGCUUCCCGAUUCGCGCGAGGUGAACAACUCGGAAGAAACCACCGACUUGCUGUCAACCGUCGUAACAGCUGAACCAUCCACCGAAUCAACUCCAACUCGACAGCUGCCUAAGCGGCCAGCCCAACGCUUCAGCGACAAUCAACAAAUCGAAUCAGAAGUAGUCCCCAGCCGCAGUCCAAACAAGGCCUUCAGUGCCACACGCAGGAAAUUCGGCGCAUCGACUACAACCACGACAGAAGCCCCGGAAGUUUCCACCAUCAAAAAGUUCGUUCCGUCACGUCAGAACCGGCCAUCGUUCUCGCUAGCCCGGGCACGUGCCUCGACCACUACCGAUAACCCAACCGAUGAGGAACAACCGGAGCAACCGGUGUCAAGCUCAACUUCGCGAACGUUCUCCCCAACCCGUCGACGAAACCCACUGAACUUCGCUGGUCGCAGCUCGACCACCGCCUCCAGUGCCGGCGAUGAAGCGGAAGUGACCUCCAGCAAGCCAGUGACUCCAACGCGUCGACGACCAGCGUUCAACGUGAGUCGAACACCACGACCCCAAUCGUUUGAGGAUUCGUUCGACAAAGCUUCGGUGGCGCCACCGGUAGCGAAGCCAAGUCCGAGCCGAGGAAGCCGUCCGUCAUCAGCAUUACUGCCGCGAAGGCCGAAUCUGUUUGCUCGAACCACAACCACUACUACCGAAGCGUAUGCGGAGUUUGGAGGCGAUGAGAAAACUACGUUGGAAGAAGAGUCCAGCGCCGAACGGUACGGGCCGAGCACCAGAGGUUACAGCGAGAUAAAGCGACCUUCCUCAUCGGAAGAGCGGGAUGGAGUGACGGGACGAUACAGUGGAGAGGUUGAGGAUAGCGAGAACGAAGUGCAACGACAAGGUAAGAAGCUGUUUGGACAACUGGGAAGUGGGAACAAUAACUUGGAAGAUGAGGGUGGACGAUCAAAAGAACGAGGAUCGGCUGAGGCUGUUGGCUUUAGAAGACCCGGACCAAGAAUCGUAGGUUCAGGAAGUCGAGUGCAAGCGCCAAGAAACAAUACGAGGUUCAUUUUCCAUAAUAAGGAUGAGGUUUCAUCGACGACAGUCAGAGCAAUUACGACAAGGGCCAGGAGGAUUUUUGGAAAUGUUGCAGGGUACAAGCCGAGUAACGUAACGAGCGCGAGUGCUCCCGCUGCUGGCAGUGCAACCACGGCUAAGCCAAAGCUGACAACACGCGGACGGCCAGUGUUUGGUAGGGCACGAUCUACGACCGCUCCUGGAGCAACCGGAGAUGAUAAGGCUGUUACGCAGCGAGUUAAUGACUCACAGCAAGGAGCGUCAACCACCAGACGUUAUCAGCCGAAGAAACCUACACGGAAGCCAAGCUUCACUACGGUUUCGUUACCGGUCGGUGGUAGUAGAACCAGAACGAAUUUGUCAAGCUUGUUCAAUCGUAACCAGCCAGUAGUACUAACAACCACCGAGCAGAGCUCGGAUCUAAUCCAACCAGAGACGACAUACGCAAGUGUAGACCCACAGACACCGGCGAUAUUGUCAGUGCUGCCAAUCGAGCAAAUUGUACCAUCACUGCCGCCAACUACCACACCAUCCACACUCGAUAACGAGAAUGAAAUCGAGAACACCACAUCAUACGAAGAUACAAUCAACACAGUCAGAACCACCACCGAAUAUUACACAGCAUCCGAUGAAACUCUCUACACGACACUCAAUACGGCCGACACUAUUUACACCAUUAAUGAUAAUAUCGAUAUUGAUGAUGUCAAUGUAUUGCAGGAACGUAGUAGAACAUCCACCACAACGGUCCGACCAACGACGCUCUACCACGUGUUCUCGAUCGACAAGGAGAGCGAAUCGAUGCCGUCGUCGACGGAAAUUUACCGCACCGAGGAGCAAGAGAUCGAACUGCCAUCGUCGAACAAGACGGACAAACUGGUCGAGAUCCAUCGUGUGGUGGAGAUCUACACAAAGAACACCAGCAAUCCGGAUGAGAUCCCAGUCAUGCAGAAACUGGGUGAAAUCAAUCGCAAGAUCAUUAUCCGGCUUGUUGAACCGAAGAAUAAAUCAGCGGAAGCGAUCGAGGAAGACAAAGAGAAGAAAAGUCGAACGCUAGUGUUUGCUGAUAACAUUUUUAACGUGGAGACGUCUACAAUCCCGUUGGAGGGAUUGUUCGAUGCCGAUAAAGAGGGAAAAACCGGUCGCACGGAAUUCCAAACGACAGAAUUGAAUCUGGAGGAAGAGUUGACCACCGUCGCACCACAAGUGGAGAUUGAGCGUAUCUCUAGUGUGGACUUCGGGACAACGGAGCGUGAUCCGCAGGAACUGGUUACGAUAACACCUCUGAUUGCCGAAACGGAACGCUACACUCAGGUAACUACUUCUCCGCUAAAGCCAGAUACUGACCGAAGUGUAGAUUUUGAAGACACCACUGUGAACGAUGAGGAACCAGCAACGGAUUAUUAUGCUGAUGAGUUGCCAUCGACGGUGCCGGUUCAGCCUUCGACUACGACCACAUCCACUUCGACGACAACGACGACGACCACGACUACCGAAGAACCAACAACUGUGCCUCUCACAGAGGCUCCAGUGUCAUCUUCUACGCAAAUUGUUCACAAGUACACGCUCCCGGCAGAAUUUGCUUUCAUUGAACCCUCAGAUGAACCAACCACAACCACGGAGGCCCCAACAACUGUGCCGCCAACUACCACGACAUCGACUUCAACCUCUACCACAACCACCACUACAACGACAACAACGACCACAACUACACCAGAGCCCCCAACGGAGGCUCCGGAGACUCCUGCGCCGGAGCGUGUACGACCGCUGGUUAUCCCCAGCGUGGAGACUAAGAGGAAGUACACGAAGCGUCCCAAAACGACCGUUUAUCGACCCCAACUGGACUUUGUCUACACCAACGAAAACUCUAGCGAAGAUGAACCGGCCGUUGCAGUCGAACAGGUAACCGAACCACUUCCUAGCACCUCCACUCAGAAAGUACAAAGCACUAGUAGAAAGUACGUUCCCUCGGGAGCACUCCGUUCUGGUGAUGGUUUGUCCUUCCGAAAGUCCAAGGAUAUUCAGGUGGUACCCCUGCCGAAGGCAGCCGCUUCCAAAGCCACUACCCUAAAACCAAAGUUCACAACGACGACGGCAGCUCCGAGAACAACCCCCAGUAGAACGACAACGACGACUACCACUACCACCACGACGGAAGCACCGGUAACUAAGGUGGACUUCAACAUCAAGUACGUGCUGCCGGUGUUCACGCCGGAUCUCGUAAGCGAGCUCAAGAUCGAAAGCAAGAACGAUAAGUACAGCGUGCCGCUGUCAUCGCUCUACAAUCCGGACUUCAUUACGAAAUCCGUCUCGGGAGAACAACGGCAGGAGCGCCAGUAUUCGCCCGUCUACCGGCCGGAGCUGGACAAUGACGAGCUGACGCGGGCACUGACCAGCGAUCCGGAUCCGGUCGCCCUGGAGGCCGCCAGCCUGGAUCGGGAGAUUCUCGGCGAUCGCAGCACCAACGACAGCGAGAGCGACGAACGCCUCGAAGUGCGCAGCAUACCGUCGUACUUCUAUCGGCGAGCCGGGGAGGUCAGUUAAACCCCUAACUUCCCUCCACCCCGAUCGACAAAAUCCGGCAAACAGACACAACUCUUCUCACACUCGUAUCUUGAAUGUUGCAUGCUGGGAGAAAGAGCGAGAUAGAGUACUGGACCCGUAUUAUACGCGAAUGCAUUUCGGUUCUGUUGGCAACCUUGUCGCACGUAUGGUGCACGGUUGCCAUCGUAUUUUAUAAACAUAUUUCUAAUCCUCUGAAACAACGAGAUGCCAUAGAUUUUAACUAAUUUAUUGUUGUUUCUUCUAACCCCUGAUUAAUUCGGUGAACACGUGACCCUUUCCCGUUGCUCUAAUCUGCUUGUUGUAUGUGUCCUCUCCCCUUCCUCCCACGACUGGAAUACCUACUCGUCCGAUGAUAUUACCAUGGUAACGAGAGUGUUUAUUUGUAUAUGUGUGUAUGAGUGUGAACGUAUUUAUUCUAACCUCAAAGGGAACCUUCGGCUCCCCGUGUUUGUUUAAUACUCUUUUCCUUUCCUCCCUAGUACAUAAGAUUGUGUGUUCAGCAACAGGCAUAUAUCAGCAAACAGGAUCACCGAAUUCACCACUACCAGUGUGAUUGACUGCUCUGUUCAUGAUAUUGUCAAUGUUGUUGUUGUGGCACCCUGUGAAUCUUUUCUCUAACAUAAAUCAGUGUGAGUGGUUGCGAAUAGGUUAACCUCAUUUAUUAAUCACAAAAAUACUCUUUGAUGCACCCCUGCACGGCGAAGUGUUGUUGUUUGAUUCUUAUAUCUGCACCAUUUUGUAUUUUAAUCAACAACCCUUUCAGCUGUAUUGUUUACGUAAACGAACAUUCACACUAGGAACAAGUUAGGUUUUAGCAAAACAACGCUAGUCUUUAAGUAAACAAAAAAACACAAAACACAAGAUGGCGUCUUGAAACGGCCUCCGACCUGUCACAACAGCUAGCUUGCACUUGCACAAACACACAGCGGAGAACCAAUAGUGAAGCGAGUGCAAAACAAAUACAAAGUGUGCUGUGCCAAAGAGUUACAGCGUGAACAGGUUUAAAAUCAAUAAAAGUGUAUAGGUUAGGUUAGAAAUCCUCUUGAAACCCGUAGAUAGUUCUGAUUAGGUUUAGGGUUCUUGUUUUUUUCUGACUCCAACACUGCCAGAGGACAUAACUUCUCUAGAUGAUACUGUUCCCUUCGGACAGUUGAACGAUUUAGUGUAAAUAACAUUUAUUAAAGCACCCUUCCUCUGUCGGGUGUUGCUAUCACCCUGCUAUAACUAUCCUGAGCAAAACAAACACAUAAACGAGUCGAUCAAUGGAAGACGAAAACAAAAGAAUAUGUACAUAGUUAAAUAGGAUGUAGUCAUAUUUAAUAUUAUUUCGAUUAGAUUCGAAACAAAGCGGAACGCUGCGAGAAAAUACUCUCACACAAGUAUAGACAAAACAUACCAAGAGCUGUUAGCACUGUUUUUGUAUACAUAAAAACACUGGAACAAGCGUACGAAAAUGUUCAAAACAAACA